GCUUAGCAACGUCGAUUGUAUUCAAAAUGGCGAAAUAUAUCUCGUUUUGAAAUUGAGAAAAUAGAAAUAUACAAAAGUCAUGCGUAUGAGCAACUAAAAUAUGUAUGAUAGAGCGACUAGAGCCCUUACUCAAGCAGCAACAGGCACUCCAGCUUCAGUUGGUCCAGGAAGCUAUUUUAAUCAAAAUAACAUUUUAUUUCAUAAGUUUGAUAGUUAUGCACCUUUUUUAUCUGUAUCACUUCGUGAAUCAUUUCUUACCAUUCCAGAAAGUGUUGCUGAAAUUCCAGGUCCUGGAAAUUAUAACCCAAAGCUGCUAACUUCAAUAAAAGGAGGAUCAACAUUGCAAAAUAAAACUUCUAGAUUUACUGAACUUAAUGAUGAACUUCCUGGACCAGGUUCAUACAACAUAAACUCUGAAUGGUCAAGUAAACAAACUCAACUGGAUUUAGGAAAAAUUAGAAAUAAUUCAAAAUAUUCUAGAAAUAAUUUUCUACAUAAAAAAGUGCCUCCAUCCAUCCCUUCACCUGGACAAGCCAAUGGUUAUGAGCAAAAUAUUGAUGGUUCAUUACAUAAAAAAGAAGCAUCUAGUCAUGAUAUUACUUUGGGACCUGCUUUUUACAAAAUUAACUAUGAGGAAACUGCUCCAGUGAAAAAAUAUAAAGGUAUCCAUUUUGGUAAAAUGACUUCAAGGCGUACAGAUUUUAAAGGUAAUGAUGGACCAGGUCCUGGGAACUAUGAUCCAUAUAAAUACAAGUUAGCAAAUGAAUGGACAUUAGAAAGAGAAAAAAAGCGCAUUGAUUCCAAACUUCCUCGUUAUCAUGAAAUUAUUGUAUUAGAGGAAAAUAAAAAGGCCUUUCCAGGACCUGGUCAGUAUGAAUUGCCAAGUCAAUUUCAAAUAGAGAAAAUUAGUGAAAAAGCUUCAACACCCCCUUUUGGAUCAAAAGCUAAGCGAUUUCUUGAUUCAAAAGAAAUUUCACCUGCACCUGGCUCAUAUGAUGAUCCAAGACAUGCUUUUGAAAAUUCUAGUUGGUCAAUCGGCUCAAAAAGCCCUUUUGGUCAGACAGCUACUCGCUUUUUAAGUGAUCAUUAUGCUUCUUCAUCACCCGGACCUGGUAGCUACUGUUAUGAUAGCAUGAGUGCUUUGUCAAAAAGAAAAGCUUUAUUUGUAAACAUAAAAAAAGUUGGAUUUGGUUCAUCUGUAAAUAGAGAAUUGGCUUUAUCAAAAAAAGAAGAUAGUUUAUUGCCUGGUCCUUCUAAUUACUUGCCUAAAUCGCCUCAAAUACUUUUUCCUAAUAAAAACCAUGCAGUUUUUAAAUCCACAACACCUCGACUUACAAGUUGUACAAAAAAUGAGACAAUACCAUUUGUAUCAUAUGAAUCAGACAAAAUGGACACUCAUCUUUGUAAAAAGUUAAUUGAGCAAAGAAAGCAUCCUGGAUGUGGUUUUUUGUCCUCAGCAGAAAGAUUUCAUGAUUCUUUUUUAAUGACAGCUGACCUUGAUAACCCAGGUCCAGGUCAGUACGAUAUGAAACAACAUUCAGCACCUGGUGGUAAUUUAGUUUCAAAGGAAGUACGUUUCAAAUCGGUUAAAUGUGAUGUUCCUGGGCCUGGAACUUAUCAGUUAAGUCCGCUUUUAAGACAUACUUUAAUGAAGAGUACGUUUAAUGCAACGCUAUCAAACCCGGUUGCAAUGUUAUCCGAAGAAGCAAUCUUAAAGGCAGUACAACCAACAUUAACUUUAUCUGUUGUAAAUUAAACUCUUUUAUUUGUAUACUAAAAAUUUUUAAAAUAACUUUUUAGGUUUAA